AACGGCCGUCCCUCUUGAGCACGGCCUUGCCGGUUUGGCGGGGUGAAAGGUUGCGAAGAUGGCGACGGCCUUGAGCGAGGAGGAGCUGGACAAUGAAGACUAUUACUCGUUGCUGAACGUGCGCAGGGAGGCCUCUUCCGAAGAGCUGAAAGCGGCCUACCGCAGGCUGUGUAUGCUUUACCAUCCUGACAAGCACAGAGACCCGGAGCUCAAAUUGCAGGCGGAGCGACUGUUUAACCUCGUUCACCAGGCUUAUGAAGUGCUCAGUGACCCCCAAACCAGGGCCAUCUACGAUAUCUAUGGCAAGAGAGGACUGGAAAUGGAAGGAUGGGAGGUUGUGGAAAGGAGGAGGACACCAGCCGAAAUCAGAGAAGAGUUUGAGCGGCUGCAGAGAGAAAGGGAAGAGAGGCGGCUGCAGCAGCGAACCAACCCCAAGGGGACCAUCAGCGUUGGCAUCGACGCCACUGACCUUUUUGAUCGCUACGAGGAGGAGUACGAAGAUGUGUCUGGAAGUGGCUUUCCGCAGAUUGAAAUUAACAAGAUGCACAUAUCCCAGUCCAUUGAGGCACCCUUGACAGCUUCAGACACAGCCAUCCUCUCUGGAAGCCUCUCAACCCAGAAUGGGAACGGAGGGGGUUCCAUUAACUUCGCGCUCAGACGAGUCACUUCUGCGAAGGGCUGGGGAGAGUUAGAAUUUGGAGCUGGGGACCUGCAGGGGCCUUUAUUUGGCCUAAAGUUGUUCCGUAAUCUCACACCAAGAUGCUUUGUGACGACAAACUGUGCUCUACAGUUUUCAUCCCGUGGCAUCCGGCCUGGCCUCACCACUGUCCUGGCCCGGAACCUGGACAAGAACACGGUGGGCUACCUGCAGUGGCGCUGGGGCAUCCAGUCGGCCAUGAACACCAGCAUCGUCCGGGACACCAAGACCAGCCACUUCACCGUGGCCCUGCAGCUUGGAAUCCCUCACUCCUUCGCGCUGAUCAGCUAUCAGCACAAAUUCCAGGAUGACGAUCAGACUCGCGUGAAAGGAUCCCUCAAGGCAGGCUUCUUCGGGACGGUGGUGGAGUACGGAGCAGAGAGGAAGAUCUCCAGGCACAGCGUUUUGGGUGCAGCUGUCAGCGUUGGAGUCCCGCAGGGAGUUUCUCUCAAAGUCAAGUUAAACAGGGCCAGUCAGACCUACUUCUUCCCCAUCCACCUGACGGACCAGCUGCUCCCCAGCGCCGUGUUCUAUGCCACCGUGGGGCCCCUCGUGCUCUACUUCGCUCUGCACCGCCUGGUCAUCAGACCCUACCUCAGGGCUCAGAAGGAGAAGGAGCUGGAGAAGCAAAGGGAAAGCACAGCCACCGACAUCCUGCAGAAGAAACAAGAGGCAGAAGCUGCUGUUCAGCUGAUGCAGGAAUCUGUCCGAAGAAUAAUUGAGGCCGAAGAGUCCAGAAUGGGGCUCAUCAUCGUCAACGCCUGGUACGGGAAAUUUGUCAACGACAAGAGCAAGAAGAGCGAGAAGGUGAAGGUGAUUGAUGUGACUGUGCCCCUGCAGUGCCUGGUGAAGGACUCCAAGCUCAUCCUCACGGAGGCCUCCAAGGCCGGGCUGCCUGGGUUCUAUGACCCGUGUGUGGGCGAAGAGAAGAACCUGAAAGUGCUUUACCAGUUCCGAGGUGUCCUGCAUCAGGUGAUGGCGCUCGACAGCGAGACGCUCCGGAUACCAAAGCAGUCUCACAGAAUUGAUACCGAUGGAUAAACUGCUUGAGAAACCAGAUUUAAACGAGGCUACAAAAAAACCUUUCCCUGGGAGUCUACAAAUUUGGAAACAGGAAAAAACUCCAGACGUCAGAUGUGUUUAUUUUAUAUUUCUGUAGAAGGUGGCACUGUAUCAAUUAUGUGAAGGGACCCGCAGGCACCCCGCUUUCCGGGUGCUGUAGGUAGGACUGAGGCAGCCCCACCUGGACCGGAACCACAGCACGGCCCGUGUCUGUUCCCAAGGAUCAUGUCCUGCCAGGAAGGGCCCUGGGCCCCUGGAGCCUCCAGGUCCCUCCCCAGGUUCCUCAGCACGUGUGCCGGCUGCAACCCCCCAGUAGCUCUUGGUCUGCCGUGAGGUACUUAUGAACACCUUGCCCUCACGCAUAGGACUGUGAACUACUCUUCCUGAAAUCCACACUGAACGUGGAAAAUGAAAUGGAAGGAAGGAGUCCCCACGAGCAGAAUCUCCAAAUCAAGUGAGCAUCUGUUCGGUCAACUUCCUGAAAACCACCUUUUCCUGCUGAAAUAUCACUAAGUGAAUCUGGAGAGGAUUGUGUGGGUUUAUAAAUCGGCUUUUUAUCUGAGAACAAAUGGUUUUGGAAAUUAGUCUCUUUUUUCCCCUCCCAGAACUCAAGCCAUUCCACUGGCACCUGGCUUGGGACAGAGGGUGGAACUCCGGGUCCCAGGAGCCACCCGUGUCCUCGCGGGAAAACGCGAUGCCUCCCGCCCCGCCCCACACAGCUCAGCCCCACUAGAGCGCGGGGUUCAGGAGAAGGGGACGCAGGGCUCCGGCGGGCGCCGCUCCCGCUCGCCGCCACCAGGCGGCGCAGCUGCUCCCACGCCUGGCCAGUCCAGCUCUUCCUCACCGGGACCCCUUUUUGGGUGUCUGCUCCCAGGACCCCCCUCCUUCACUUGCCUCUUUUGUGGAUGCAUAAUAUUUCAGGACCAGGAGCCUCCUGCACAGCCUGGCCUGUGAACAGUUACCGGAGGAGCAGAGGCCUGGCUGGUGGUUCUGACAGCCUCUCCGCAGCUACUGUCAAAAUCAGGCUUCAUUCCUGACGUUGGUACCGGAGAAAUCACUCAUAACCCCCUUCCUCCACUUUUAAAACUCAGUUCAGGUUGUCCAGUUCUGUACUAUUUAUCUCCACUUUAAAAAGGUUUCCUGCGAGCUGCCGCUCUGAAUGUACAUCAUGCAAUAACCGUCGCGUUAGCGGAGUGCGACCUCGGCCGCAGCCUGUGUCCCUGCCCGGCGGGCGGGUCACUGUACAGGGGACACACUCUUACCACAAUAAACCUUUCCUGA